AUGGAUUCCAACGGAAAUGGAUUAUACAGCGUCACAACUUCUCAGCAAGCAUUUUCCUCUUGUUGUGGUGCUGUUAUAACAUCUCUUUUGGUGACACCCCUAGAUGUUGUCAAAGUCCGGCUACAAGUCCAGAGCAAUCCAUCCCUCAAAGGAAAAUGUUUUGUGGAUUCUGAUGGCCUUAUGGAUCGUGUUUGUGUCUAUGAAAAUGGAACCAGUAAAGGUAGUCAUAAGGCAUCUGGGCAGUUUACUGGCAUGAGGGAUGCUUUUGUGAAAAUUGUUCAAAGAGAAGGUGUGAAAGCACUGUGGAGUGGACUGCCUCCAUCACUAGCAGUGUCAGUUCCAACAACAGUAAUUUAUUUUACCUGCUAUGAUCAACUACGUGAUGCCUUCAUUUCUAAACUAGGAGAAGAUAAUGACUACAUUCCACUUAUUGCAGGUGGCAUAGCCAGAUUGUGUUCAGCAACUGUAAUAAGUCCGGUUGAAUUGAUUAGGAUAAGAAUGCAGUCUCGCCGGUUAACUUACAAACAGUUACAUGCUUGCAUUACUAGUAAUGUAAGCAAAGAUGGCUGGCUUUCACUCUGGAAAGGAUGGGGUCCCUCUGUUCUUAGAGAUGUUCCAUUUUCAGGGAUUUAUUGGUGUAACUAUGAAUACUUCAAAAAAAGAUUGUGCAAGAGAUCAGGCAUACAUGAGGCAACAUUCCUGAUCUCCUUCUCAUCAGGAGCAGCAGCUGGUUCGAUUGCUGCUUUAUUAACGUUACCUUUUGAUGUAGUAAAAACACACAAACAGACAGAAAUUUGGGAAUCCGAAACAACACCCACAUCACAGAAGAAGCCUGCAACAAUAUGGGAAGUAAUGAAGAGAAUUGUUGCUGAAAAUGGAUUCACUGGGUUAUAUGCUGGUAUUGUUCCAAGACUGACAAAAGUUGCUCCUGCUUGUGCCAUAAUGAUCAGCACAUAUGAAUAUGGGAAGUCUUUCUUCCGUAAAUUAAAUAAAGAAAGAGACAUGAAGAACCGUUAAUGAUGUUUCUCUAAACUUCAGGUAGCAUCAAU